AACAUGAAAAUGUCCAAUUAUUAUUAUUAUAUAGACGUGGUCCACAGGAUGUGUUGGAAAUACCCAGAAACUUUCCAUUAUGCCACCAGCAGCCAAGAUAUCGAGGAAGCCUUCAGAUUGAAGAAGGUCGCCAGUCUGAUCGGGGUGGAGGGCGGUCACUCCAUCGACAGCAGCCUGGGCACCCUGCGCACCAUGUACUAUUUGGGUGCCCGCUACCUGACCCUCACACACUCCUGCAACACACCCUGGGCGGACAACUGGCUUGUCGACACCGGAUCAGAGCUACCUGAGAAUGGCGGCCUGUCUGCUUUUGGCAAGCAACUUAUUGUGGAAAUGAACCGCCUGGGGAUGCUGAUCGACUUGGCUCACGUGCCUGUAAAAGUGAUGCACCAGGUGUUGGACAUGUCCAAAGCCCCGGUUAUCUUCAGCCACUCCUCUGCAUACGCCGUCUGCCAACACAAAAGGAACGUGCCCGAUGAUGUCCUCGCUAAAGUUAAUCAGACUGAAGGAAUCGUGAUGGUGAACUUCUACAACGACUACGUGACGUGCAGCAAGACUGCCACCCUGUCAGAUGUCGCUGAUCACUUUGACCACAUAAAGAAAAUGGGCGGCGCGGGUAUUAUUGGUUUUGGUGGUGAUUAUGAUGGCGUCACCAGGCUUCCUGAGGGUUUGGAGAACGUGUCCAAAUAUCCCCAUCUGGUGGCUGAACUGCUGAGGAGAGGGUGGACUGAUGACGAAGUGGAAGCUGCUCUAGCAAAGAACCUCCUCCGGGUCAUGAAGAAGGUCGAGGAGGUUCGUGACAGUCUGGCCAGCACCCUCCCGGAUGACCUUCCUAUUCCGUACGAGGAUGUGAAGAACCCCUGCAGGACGAGCUACGGCUACCCCGACUCUGGGGCCGUCCAUUCACUCAGCACACUGACCCUUCUGCUCGCGCUGGCUCUCCAGGCUUUUAUGACAAUAACAGCUUAGCAACUCCUCAGCAGUGGCGCUUAUUUAAAUCUUAGGGUUGUAAAAUCUGGAAACCAGGAAAUGUAAAGGCAAUGCUCUUGUUUUUUUUUUUUUUGGUCCACCUUCAACUAUUUUCUCAGUUUACU